UCGACGGUGAUUCGGGAUGAAGGGCUGCUUACUAGGCUAAAUAGGCCUUCGAUGUCGUAAAAGGGCUAUACAAGGACAACAACAACAACAGGUCUACUCACUCAGUGGGACACUUAUUGGCCGCAUUGAAUAACUUGGACGCAAUGGGAAAUGGGAUGAAUAAGAUUUUACCUGGCUUGUAUGUGGGGAAUUUUCGAGAUGCAAAGAAUGUGGAGCAAUUGACGGAGAACAAUAUUACGCAUAUUCUGUCAAUACAUGAUAAUGCCAAAGAAAUUUUAGGAGAUAAAAAGUAUCACUGCGUCCAAGCAAGUGACAACUCGGCUCAAGACUUGACCCCAUUCUUCGAGGACUGUGUGGACUUCAUUCAUGCUGCCAGACUGGAGGGUGGAGCCGUUCUGGUGCACUGCUUGGCUGGAGUGUCACGGAGUGUGACAAUCACGGCAGCCUAUAUCAUGACAGUGACAAACCUAGGUUGGAGAGAAGCCAUCAAAACCAUCCGCUGUUCCCGAGAAUGUGCAAACCCAAACUACGGCUUCCAGCGACAACUGCAAAACUACGAGGCAGAAGGUGUAGAACAGGCCCGUCAAAGGCUUAGACAGAAGUUUGGGGAGAGUCCAUUCAAAGAUGAGGAGGAGUGUCGCCGACUGAUGGAGACUGCCAAUCUGCCAUCGUGGCGGGAUGAAGGGUUGUAUCCUCUGCCCCCACGGGCUUACCAGAGCAAGGAGAGCGGGGACACGCCUACCCAGCGGGACAGUUCCGAGAACGUCACCUCAACACAAGGAGCAGGCUGACAGACCUGCUCUUUUAAUUUUGACUUUUUAAUGUAUCACCAAUCCAGUGUAGCUUCAAAGUGAAAGGACUGUUGAUUGUGUUCAUGAUAGAAUGGUGAGGACCUCUGCUGACUGUGUAGAGAGUGACACUGUAGAUUCAUCAGUUUGAAUGACUGUGAGUCAUCUUACAGGCUCACAUGUAUGUUACACAGGCACACAACAUAUUACAUUACAUUUUAGCAUAUUACAUGUAACUACAUGUAGCUGUACUCAUAAGAAGCUUAAAGAGAUGCAGAAUCGAUUCUGAUUGGCUGGUCUGAGGGACAGGCAAGUCCAGACUAUGCCUUACUUAUGCUGAUUUUUAAAUAUGGUGCAUUUAUUCACGCCAGGCCAAGGCUGCAAGAUUUAACCCAGGAAACUGUAAGCCACUCUACUGUCAGCCACUCAGAAUCGAUUCUUUAACCCUUAAUAGAGAAGAAAACUCACUGAGCCAUUAUAGUGGAAAAUAAAGAGCAAUGUCUAUAGACUUUAUAGAAAUAAAUGCGAAUUUUCAUGAUCUUUUGCGUAGAAAACACAAGGCUCUGAAGACUAAAAACAAGCCAAAGCUCUACCUCUAUCUUGGUAACCAUUUUGUGAACCUGUGAUGAAAUCUGUAUUUAAAAUUAGCAAAUGAGAAGGCAGAAUUCCAGGGUAUUUCCUCACGUCACUGAUUUGAGUGUGUACAAAAGUAUAGACAUUUCCUCCAGACACUGAAGAACUCUGGGUUGAACUGGAUUUGUUUAGGUCGAAAAUGGCGACCCCAAGUGUUCAUGUUUUUACAGUGUUUAGUGUAUCAUUACUUGUUUAUAACAAAGUGUAAACAAAAGCAUGCAAACGAUCAACUUAAAGCAUGAAAAUUCAAAUUCUGUUUAGUGAAAGCCAUUUGAGAGUUUACUUUUCUUUGAAUUUUCUAUUUGAUCUGGUGUAAAACAAAGGUUAACAAAUAUGUGCCUAUAUAGUUAUUCAUUACAGCUCAAUGUCCUUGGAACAAAUGUUAUACAUAGCUUCGGUUUUAGCUAUAAGUAAUGUUAAUGAUGUCUUUCCUGUUUAUUGUUUAGCCUUCCUAAGUCUUCUCUUACCAAUGGCUUGUAACUUAACUUGUACCUACAUUGUAUAUCAUUUGGACCUAUUGCACCUAUACCAUUGUAUACAUUUUACACCCCUACCAAUGAAUCCUUCACCAGGGUCAGUGGACUGAACCAUCUUCUUUACUUGCCACACCCAAAAAACUUCACCUAUAUAGCUGAUUUUUAAGACUUGGCCAUAUCCUAUAAUCUAUGCACCCGUUAUUCCCACCUAUACCCCGGAACUUCGGACUUAACCAUUGCUUUGAAUUCCACAAUUCCUCUUACCCCGUUUCUUCUCAUUUUUGGAACACCUGGUCAGCUCUUUUUAGCCAGUGUACAUGGAAUUGUAGUAAGAAGAUUUAGUUUCUUUUUUCUUACAUGGUUACAACUAAUGAACAAUAUGUAUGUACUCAUGCUUUUCCAAAAGGCCGGAAAAGGAAUGUAAUAGUCUGCUUUCAGCACAACUAAUAUCUGUCCGGAAAAUUAGAAGAAUUAGGGUAGUUAAACUGUGGCUUUUGUUUUUGGCAUGACAUUUAUGUGGCUGAAAACACACAUUGAAAAAGGGGAUAUUGCUUUACAUGAAAUGCAUCCCUUGGUUUUCUUUGAUUAAACCACCAUCUUCAUUAGCCCACCAAGUCCGCAUGCUGUAAGACAGAUCGGGAGCUAGAGAUCAUGAGAUCACCUCAGUAACAAACGGCAUGGGUGAGGUAAACGGUCCUCCCAACGUUAUUGCGUAGAAAAAUGCCUAUUUUUGAAUCGCUGUCAACGAUCUUGUAUUCCGUUCAAUUUGUAUAAUUUUCAGCUUUCCAGACAGUGUGAGUAAUUCUGCGGAAAUUUCGUGACGUUUUGUAUAACUAUGCCUUACUGGUUAACAAUGGGCAGCUAUUUUGUUUUAGACACCAAAGUGUGGUCAAGUGACCCCCAACCACCGACCCGUCUAACAGAAUUGUGUCCUGGUCAUUUAAAGUAUGGAAGAUGGAUGUGGCCACGCGUAUCCUCAAGUCGUUUCAUACUCGCAGAUCAAGAACACGAUCAAGAGCGAAGAUUAAAAAAUACUGCGUUAUUUUUAAAAAAUUUUUUUGGGGGGGGGCUAAUCUCGACUCGCCGGUUUUAUGACGGGGUGCGCAAGUCGAGAAUGCAAGAUUAGUGAAACCGCAUGAUAUUAAUGCUAAUCUACCACAGUUUUUCGAAAACCGUGUAUUGUAAGCUUAAUAUUAUGUGCCAUAGGAUAGUUUGAGACUUAAAUUAAGGUACCUUAAAAGCUACAGGGCCACCUGUGCGCAAACUGUAGUCCCGUCAAAAGAGCUCUAUCUCUAUCUCUACUGAUGAAAAAAACAUGGUGGUGAGACAAAGUUUUGCUAUGCAACCAUGUGUGUUGGUUUACUUAUUUGGGGUUGUUUUCAGAACGACUUCUGCAUAUUCUGUUUGGUAUAGCUACUGCAGUAAAUGAUGAAGAUUUAACACGUGAAUCUUAAAAGGAUGUCUUAAUUUUGGUGAUGGCAGCUAAGUCGAUAUGCUACAUGUAUACCUGCAGUAAACUUGAAGAUUUUUUUUUUAGAAUUCAACGUUUAUGUAAAUGUGAACGUAAUUGUGCAAUUGCUGUGAUAUUACAAAUUGUCAACACAGGCAUAUUGUUAGAAGCUGCUGCAUGAAAAUGCCUUGUUUUAUUCACACUGUUUCAUAUAAUUGCAGGACAUGUGCCUGGAACGGUUUUUGCAGUUACAAUUAACUUGUAGUUUUACCUUAGCAUGUUUCUGUGGCUUGAUCACGAAAACCUGAUAUCUUAGGAUAAGGGGUAAAAUAAAAAUUUGUAUACUCACCUUCUUACAGUUAAGAAUUGGUUGGUAGAGCUGUUCUGAAACUGAAAUUUGCCAAAGGGUAAACAAAUACAUUUUAAUGGAUUUUGCCCAUUUGUCAAAAUGGCAUAUUCUCUGAAUAUAGCAAAGCCAGUGCCUUGAAGCCUCCCUGCAUGUAGUAUACACUUUGAACUCUUCCAUAACUACGACUUUUACUAAGCAUUUUAUCACUGUACUGUUUUAUUGUUAUAAUGAAAAACGAAGACUCCGGGUAACUACUGAUACUGUCUGCGAAAUUUUCGGAUGCGUUGUUUUAAAUUAUUUCUUCGAAGGAACAGAAUAUGUUCAAGAUAAUUACCUAUUUUAAGACCAGUAGGAUUUCAAACGGCCUGUAGAAGUAAGCUACUUAUAGUUAUUUUUGCCGCGGAAUAAGGAUAAAAAGUAUGUAAAAAUUUAACUUCAGCCAAACUUAAAUUCUUCAAUUCUCCAGGAUAUGGCUGGGGUCAUAUGUAUUACCAAUGUGGUACCCAGCCCUAAUCAAUCAUUCGUUAAAUCUGGGUUGGGUAUUUAUCAGCAUUUUUGAAAGCAUUCUGCACAUGCAUUGCGUUUGCUCUUUCCAAGUUGUUUCAGGGUAUACCAUCUAGUGGGGUAUAUCAGUAUAUAUUAUUGUAGAUAUAAAAGCUCCUAGCUAUGCUCAUCACGAAGUUUUUCGUAGAUAAAGAAUUUUUUUAACAGCAGAUUAGAAAUAUUGAUACAUUGUUGUAGGAGAUAGCUGAUAAAUAUAUGUCUAUAUAUGAAACUUGUGUUCUUUCACGAUUCAGGAAUGGGAUAAAUUUAUGGUAUCUUUGUCCGCACUGAGGUGGUAGAUAGAAGCAUUUCAACAUAGGGGCGUACAGGUACUGUGUAUGCUUUGAUCAACUCAUAACUUCUGUGUACAGUUCCUUGAAUGAUGUUUAAGAAUGAUCCUAAUAA